GGAGCAGAUAAUACAGUAAAUACGGUGUGAACCCGACUGCUGCUCGUUGUUUUGGUGUCGUUCAUGUGUUUUAUACUAUUUUUUUUACAGUCUAUGGUUUUAUCAUUAUCAUGUCUGCUGUGUUCUGCCGAAGACUCGUUUCUGCGUUUGUCAAUCGCAGGUUUAUCUCUGUUAAUUCGGUUCGGUUCGUCUCCGGCUGUGAGGAGCGGCGCCGGGUAACUCUGCUGUCCGGGGAUGUGGAUCGAUUCGGCGGGGUGACGGUGCGCGACUUUCCGCCGAAAAUAAGCGAGGACGAGUUUAAAGAUCUGCUAUGGGAGUCUCUCUGUCAUUGGCAGUCUGAGGGCAGGGUCGCUGUGUGGCUCCAUGUUCCAAUCACUCUCAGCCGAUUGGCCGCAGCAGCUGCGUGUCAUGGCUUCACCUUCCAUCACGCCAGGAGAGAUGUGGCCGUUCUCAGCCUGUGGGUUGGAGAGGGCGAAGACAGACUGCCGGCGUUUGCCACACAUCAAGUAGGAGUUGCAGGUGCUGUUGUGGAUGAAUCAGAUGGUAAAGUUCUCGUGGUUCAAGACAAAAAUAAGACUAAAAAUGCUUGGAAGUUUCCUGGUGGUCUGUCAAAUCUUGGAGAAAACAUUGGUGACACAGCUGUCCGUGAGGUUUUUGAAGAAACCGGGGUCCGAUCAGAAUUCCGAUCUCUUCUCAGUAUUCGUCAGCAGCACAACCACCCCGGAGCGUUCAGGAUGUCCGACAUGUAUCUUAUCUGCAGACUUAGCCCGCUUUCGUACGACAUUAACUUCUGCACUCAGGAAUGUCUGCGAUGUGAAUGGUUGGAUUUGGCUGAAUUAGCAAAGACUAGCGAGACGACACCGAUUACGAGUCGAAUAGCCAAACUUCUGCUGUACGGGUUGGAAAAAGGCUUUCACAAUAUUGACUUGACUAUGGAGGAGCUGCCCGCUGUAUAUUCGGGUAUGUUUUAUCAGCUCUACUACAGACGGCUGCCAGAGAUCUAGAGAGACGGUAUACAGCGAGAGACUUUGUCAGCUUCGCAAAAACUGUCCUGAAAUGUUUUGCUCAUAUUUCACUUUAAACUCAAAAGUAUUAAAUAAAUUAUAUUUUACAUGAAGAAAAUUAAUCAUAUUUUAAUGCGGAUAUCUGAUUUUCUUUUUAUUUUCAUGGUCUUGAGUUUUAUUUGGAAGUAGUGUUGAGUUGAUUUUGUUCCGAUUCUAAUAAAAUUGUAAGCUAAUUGUAAAUUGUUGUGAAAAUUUUACGCUGUCGACAAAUCUUAAUGACACUUAAACAUAAGCUUCAUUGUUAUAUAUUGUAC